AUGAAGGCUGGUAAAGUGUUGGAAGAUGUUCACGAUCGUCUCGUGGAAGAUCACUCCUCUGUAGCUGUGGCACCUAUUUCAUCUCCCAAUCUUCUUUCGCAGGACGUGGUAUCUGUGACGGAAACUCUCGACGAAACUUCCUCUAUUGAUCGGGUAAUAAGUCCAUCCCUAUCGCAAUCGUCCAAACGCACCACGACGUCGGCUGAGUUGAAGGCUACAAUGCGCUCGAAAAUACGGAAACAGGCUGAGAAAACAGUGGAGCGAAAACGCGGCUCAGUUCAAUUAGCAAAGCGUCUUCAGCGCCGUCUAACAAUUCAUCAAGAGGAAGGACCAACUGAGGGUGAACUGAAGUCGGUUGACGAACAAAUAGAGCACUCUCUCAAGGUCGGAGCACGUUUUCUGCAAGAGCAGACGUCCCUCUAUCCACCUGAUGACGUACAGUAUGCUUUCUUCGUUGAGGACUACGAUAAAGAGGAUCAACCUUCACCACCAACCGGUGGUCCUCUGUUGGACUAUCGUCGAGCAGAAAUGGUCAGCGAUGUCGAUCCCAAUCUGGUUUACUACGAGCCACGUCCGCUCGAUGUAGAAGCUAAUAACGGGCAAGUCACACUAUCCCGAAUGACACAGCGAUUGUCGGACAAGUUUUUCGCUAACGGUAAACUCCGCCGCAUCGAUGAAUCGCAGUUUGUGAAGCCCUUGAAGAUAAUCCAAACCGAGGACGCGCUGUACAGCUAUGUGAAAGCUGAGCCAUGGGGAAGCUUUCCGAUACGUGCCAGGUUGGACGUGUUUCUCGGCGACCUAGUCUUUGACAAGCAUCCACUGGCUGGUGAAGAGGACAAACGGCACGCGCGACUAGUCUCUCUCUAUGACGAGCAGUGUGAACGUAUCAAUCAAAUGACUGAUGCAUUGAUGGAUGCCGAAAACGCUCCAACAAGCGAAAACUCGUCCGCGUUUCGAGAACAUGCCAACCAGUUAUAUGGGGAACUGAGAGGUGGAGCUGAACGUUUGGCCGAAGAGUACGCUGACUUGGAGAACUGCCGAAAUCAGCAGGGUUUCGCGACGUCCCCUCUCAAAUACACUGUGGACCAAGAGGAACAUGAAAUCGGAUCUCUGCUGGGAAAGUUGACGAUGGAUGGUCCGGUAACCCCUAUAGGAGCCCUCCCAGCACCUGAACGAGCACGAAUUGAAUCGAUGAAGAAAACAUCGUGGCAAGUGAUUCUUCAUUUCAACGACAUCUUCAUAUGUAAAUCGAGAUCGGUACCAAUAGAGGGGUUCCAGCACAAAUUCGAUCAAAUCUAUAACUUGGAGGUGAGCAUCAACUUUCAAAAAUGCAAACCAGUCUGUUUUGUAAGAGUCGCUGAGGGUAACUCAUGUUUUCCUCCUUAUUCCUCUUUUGCUCAGUUCUUCAAAGAAUCAUCUCGUCUAUUUACAUGUAAAACUCACAUUCCCCCCCCCCCCCCCCGUUCACAAGGUCGUGUUCGCCCAUCCAAGAAGUCGGCGCACAUGGGCGAUUUCGCCUUUUCACUUUGGAACAUGAACUCUUACUUUUGA